AAGGCGUUUGAAUUUGUUUUUAGAUGUUUAAAAAUAUAUACUAAAUGAACAAUGAACGAGUUCUAGUCGGUCAAUUUAUUAUAUUGUAUCUGUACUAAGAUUUUGUUUUCUGGCGAAUUAACUUCACAAAGAUAUGUUUAAAUUAUAAUUAUUUUAUAUUCGACCAAAAUGAUUUUCAUGAAUUCAAUCAGUUUUUGUAAUGUGAUGUUGUUAUGGGCAUCCUAUUUAUCGUUAAAGAAUUGUGCAGGUAUUAAUAAACAUAAUGAGUGUAUUUCAGAUUAUUAAAGCACGCAAGUUUUAUUAGUCCCCCCCCCAAAAAAAAAAAAAAAAAAAAAAAUUAAAUAGAACAUUAUCUAAUGAGCUUUAGAAUUAGUUGAGCAAUUUUUUAAAUAAAAAUUGCCAGUAUUAAUAUUUGUUUAAGACCAGACCACCACACAGAAUUUUGAUACUAGUUUAAAAAAACAAAAACAUCUUUUAUAAUUAUUAAUCUAAGAUUUUUUUUACUUGCAAAUAUAGCUUCCAUUGUUAAGUUAUACUUUGUUUGUGUGUUUAAUAUAAACAGUUACAUUUUUAAUAACAUAGAUUAGUAAUAUUGCCAAAGAGAAUACUCGAGACCCUUUAAAUAAAAAAAACAAAUAAAAAAUUAUACACCCCUGUUCUCUCGACCAAAUUUACAUCUUAUAUAUAAAUGUGUGUGUGUAUUCGCCAUUCAAUAAAAAAAUAAUAAUAUAUUUUUUAAAUCAUUACAUUUUUAAAGGGCAGACGAUACACUUGGCGGAGUUCAAUAAAAGUGCAUGUAAAGCGGAUUGCACAGAGGGAUUGCAGAGCUUUAGUUACAAAUGUCAAUUUACAAUUAUUGUAAAAAAUGAAAAUAAUUUUUUCGAAAAUGGUUCUUUUAAUUUAUUAUACAAAAAUAUGAUUUCUGGAAAUUUUGAGCCAGUAAGUUAAAAUCCAUUUAUUUUAUAUAUGUUUUCUAUACCCAUACAUUUCCAUAUAAUAAUUAUUAUUAUAAAUUGUUCUAGCUCGUUAAUGGUUUUUAACACUUAAUCAAUAAAAAAUAUUUAAAAAAGUAAAACAAUACCAAUGUAAAUUUUCUUCUUUUUAUUAAAUAAUUUUAUGUUAAAAAAGUUGAAACGUAAUAAAAAUAAUAAGUUUGGUUUUAAUUGAUUUUGUUUUUUUUGUUUUUUUAUUACGCAGUCACUUGCUUAAUGAGCAGAUGAAACGUAAACAAAAACACCACAUUAUUUUUCUGUUCUCAGACACAACUACUGGCUAAAAAUAUCUUUAAAAAAUAAUGUUAUUUCCAUUUCAGUUAUCUAGUCUUAAACGUCUCAAAGAUUGUGAUGAUUUCAGUAAAAGCUCUGAUUACAGGUGUUUUAGAAAUGGCACAAACAUGUUUUAUAUUUCAAUGUAUGUAAAAGCUAAAUUACUCAAUGAAGGAGCUGAAGUUAAGUGUAAAAUCAUAAUAAAUACAACCGAAACGGUUUCCAGUAAUGUUCGACAUGUUAUAGGAUUAACAGGUAAUGUUACUUUGUUUUUCAUUUUAUUUGUGGAAUUUUUUUAUAUAAUUAAAAUGGCAUUUGAUAUGUAAGCUUUUAAAAUUUUAUUUGUAUUUGAAUACGUAAAAAAAAGACAUAUAAAUAUACGCAAAAUAUAUGUUAAAGAAUGAAUAUAGUUGUUAAGAACAAUGUAAAGUUUAUUAUUUUUUUCAUUUUGCAGACAUGCCAGAUCGUACACAUGUGGCUGGAUAUUUGACAGUCAAUGGUCAGUCUGCUUUGAUAGAUGAGUGUAACAUCAAAAUAGCAGGCGAACAUUUAGAAAUAAACUUUCAAUGCAAUGCUUCCACAAAAGAAUGUGCAAUACGGAUGGACAUAAAUGGCGGACAAAAAAUUAAAUAUGAUACAAAUAGUAUUAAAUUCAACCAAAACUCAAUUGGCGUCAGUGAAGUUAAUGUUCACAUUAACAUUUCUUCCUGCACUUUGGAUGAAAAUGUGACAAGUUUCAAUUGCACUCUUCAACCUGGUAUGUUCAUUUCAAUCUCUAAUUAGUUAACUUUCAAUAUUUUGGUAACAUAAGAAUUGUCUGCAUCUUCAAACCGUUUAUAUUUUUAUAUUUCCUUUUUUUUUUUUUUGCUGGCAUCCGUCCGUCACAAUGUGACGAUGGAGUGGGCUCCAGGGGAGAAAUCCACAUGGCCUGGGAUUAUACUUCAAGGAUUAUAAGCUGGUUCCCAACAGCAAAUCGCCUCUCUCCGCGCCGCUGGAUAACCCAAGGGAACAUCAUUGGAUGAUACAGCUUGGCACCAGUGACGUCGCAGGAGUUGUCGGAAUGUUUCAUUGUAUCAAUGUUAUCCGCCUUUCGGGACGCCAUUUCAGGGGUUUUGAUUUCAGAGUUUCCUUCUCUUAGAUGAGUUGCCUUCCAAGGUUAACGAGUCCCAUCUACCCGGGGUGCUGGUGGUGUUUUUGCUUGACUGGGCUCUUGCUGGAAUUGAUCCCCAGACCACCAACCUGAGAUUUGCUCAGUUUAGACCACUUGGCCAACAGUUUAUAUUACCUUAAUUUAAAUGAAGACAUUGCUUAUAUUUGCAUAAAAUUAUGUUUUUUUUGAAUGAAAGUAAAUUAUUCUUUAUUUUAUUAUUUAAUUAUAAUUACUUUCAGAGCUGUGAAAGGACUAUAUAAUGUUUAAAGUUAAACAUGAAAAUUCAAGAAAAAAUAUAAAAUAUAAACAAAUACAACAUAUAAUGUAAGAGCGGGUUAUAUAUUUAAUAAGCUCAAAGUCUAUAAACAGGUGUAAUAUUUGCUUAAAUUUAAAUACAUAAAUAAAAAGUAAAUACCAGUUAAGGAAACGAACAUAUUUUUGAAAAUAUUUAUUGUAACUUUGCUCUAUCAGUUAUAUCUGUCAUUUUGUUUGUAAAAUGAUUAUAUAUAUAUAUAUAUCUCUUCUUCUUCUUCUUCUUAUAUUUGAGGUGCCCACGAUCAAUUUGUUGAUCAUUCUGGCUCCUGGUUUUAAAAUCAGAGUUUGCCUUCUCUUAGACAGGUUGCCGUCCAAGGCUAACGAGUCCCAUCCACCCGGGUUGCUUGGGAUGGCUUUGGUGGGGAUUGAACUCCAGACCACCAGCUAUUUCGUUUGAGACAGUUUAGACCGCUAGGCCACCAAGCUACCAAGAUAUAUAUAUCUCUUUCUCUCUUUCUCUCUCUCUCUCUCUCUCUCUCUCUCUGUAUAUACAUAUAUAUAUAUGAAAAGAAGAGGCGGAUAUUCUAACGAUAUUUAUUUUAAGUUAAAUGAUGUGUUUUUUUUAUUAUAAUGCGAUGAAUUUAAAUACCUUAACCAGACCUAAUAUAAAUCCUUUUAAAAGAACCGAUUCACUUUCGAAAAAAAGAAAAGAAAAAAAAAAAGAAUUCAAUGAAGGUAAUGAUUCAACUCUUGUGCGAGGGAAUAUAGUUAAUACUUUCUUUAAAACAAAAUAUCGGAUCACAUCCAACUAACCCAAAAACUUCAGGUGGGACUGAUCAAGCAAAAAUUAAGGUCGACACAAAUUAUUCACAUACAAAAAUACCUGCUAAGCUUGUCCCAAGCUGCUUUAUUGCUGAAAAAAAAUAAAGGUGUAUAAAUAUAAAGAAAUGAAGUUUGUAUGUACAGUUCGCUAAACAAAUUUUAUUGAUAAGAUUUAAAGCCAUGAGAAUAAUGUUAACUAUAUUAAUAUGUAUUAGCUUUAGGGCAAUAUAAUAAAGAAUUCAGAUAACAUACAUUUGACAUUUUUUUAAAAUUUGCAAAUAAUAGUAGGGCUUUGAUUUGACGCACCAGUUACUCACACUCAGAACUAAACGAUGCUUUUCUGUUCCAAUGCCUUGAUCCCAUCUGCUGUAGAUCUUUUUCCACAUCAUCCACGCCCCAUCCAUUCUUAUGGCACUACAGCUCAUGUAGUGCUUUGACCUGCCUCACCACUUCCUUCCGCUCAGACUUAACUAAUUCAUUUCUUGUCCAUGCUUGGACUUUCAGCUGCUGUAGAUCUUUUUCCGCAUCAUCCAGCCACCAAAGCCUAGGUCUGCCUUUGAGCCAGUUUCCUCUGUGAUUUUUGUGAUGCAGCCUCUUCGUUCCUCUAUCAUUUGGCAUUCUCUCUAGGUGUCCUGCUCUGCGUAGCCUGAGUCUUUUUUAUUUCUGCUAUUAUCGUGGGAUCCUGAUAUAAACUGUAUAAUCCCUGGUUGGUUCGUAUUCUCCAUUCUUAUUCAUCCUUUGUUGACCCAUAUAUUUUCCUGAGAACUUUCCUCUCCCAUGUGUUUAAUAGGUUUUGUGCUGUUUUUGCUAGGGUCUAAGUUUCACUUGCAUAUGAUACAACUGGUCUGAUUACAGUUUUAUAAAUACUUUUCUUGAUUUCUCUUGUAAUGUUUUAACUUCUGAGUAUUCUGACUACUGAAGUAUGCCCUGUUUCCGGCUUAUAUUCUUUCUUUUGUUUCUGUUAGUAAUUCGUUUCUUUUAUUUAACAAAGAUCCUAGGCAUUUGAAUUGAUUUACUUUUCAAAAGUCUGGUAUCUAAUUUUAAUUGCUUCAUAUGUUUGUUCUUCUGUUAUGUCAUGUAUUUUGCUUUUUUGGUUGUUAACUUCCAGUCCUGCUUGCAGAGAUGCGUCUUCUAAGUCAAUAAAGGAUUUUGAUAUGUUUUCAAUACUUUUUCAUAGCAGUGCUAUGUAAUCAGCAUAUGCAAGAUACUGAAGUGGUUGGUUGUAGAGUGUGCCCGUUGGUUGUGGGUCUUGAUUUUACUCAAAAAGUAUCCUGUUACUGUUCCUCGAGUGUCAAUGUGUAUGUUUCUCAAAACUCUCAUAAGUUUAUGCUAAAAAGCAUACAAACAGUGAGUCUCCCUAUCUUAGGCCUCAUCUAAUCGAAAAUUCCCAAACUCUUGCAAAGUAUCAUAUAGCUAUUUUGUUUUAAUGCUGUCAUAGGCCAUUUUAUAGUCCACAUAGAGUUGAUGUAAUGGUAUAUUAUAUUCAUAGAAUUUCUCUAAUAGGCAUCUGAUUGUGAAAAUAUGAUCAGUCGUUGAGUUAGGCCUGAAUCCAAAUUUGUAAUCAUCUAGUAUUUCUUCAGUACAUUAUCCAUCAAACUUAACCUAAAUCUGACUUUGAUUCGUUUUCCGUCGUGGUUUUGGUUCGCGCAACCUCUUCACUCCUCUGUCAUUUGGCAAUCUUUCUAUGUGUCCAGCCCAGCUUAACAAACCUUUUUUUUUUAAAUAUUCGCUCCUGUCGCGGACCUUGAUAUAGUCUUUACAAUUCCUAAUUGUUUCGUAUGCUGGUACGUAUUUUCCCAAUAACUUUCCUCUUCCAUGUUUUUAAUGUUUUCUGAUGUUUUCGUAAGCGUUCCAGUUUCCCUUACAUAGGUUAUGACUGGUCUAUUAAAAAUGUAAAUGUAUGGUUUUCUUGGAUUUUCGCAUUACAUUUACAUUUCAUUAUUUUGUGACUGCCUAAAUGUGCCCAUGCCCGGACGAUAUUCAUUUUUAAAUUCAUUUAUUAAUUUAUUUCCUAUUUUAUAAGGAUCCUAGGUAAUUGAAUUGAUUUACCUUUCAAAAAGUGUGGUUUCUAAUAAUAAUGUAUUCAUCCAUCUUUUAUUGUUUUAACAUAGUUGUUAACUUCUAGUAUCUCCAGUAUACUAUAAAAGCGUUUGAUAUGUCUUUUCUUUACUAUUUUUACCUAACAGUUCUUUUGCCAUCACCUUAUGCAAGAUUCUGAAUGGUUGGUUGUAGAGAGUGUCUUUUGGUUUUGUGUCUUGCGUUUACUGUAGAAAGUAUACUGUUAUUAUACCAAAUAUGUUGAAUCUACUAAAAGAGGAUAUAUGUUAAGAGAGAAAUAUUAUUGAUAUGAAGAAUCAAAUAUAAAAUUACCCUUCCUUUAACAAUUUUAACUUCAAUAGCGCAUAAAUACAUUUUUGUGUGUGUGUUUUUUUUUUUUUUUUUUUUCUUACUGUAAUUUUAAUAACAUUUGCCUUUUAAAAACACUGUAAAUUGUGUGUUUUUAUUUUUUAAAAUAUAUGCUUACAAAUAUAAUUUCUUACUAAGGAACACUUGAUAAGUCAAGUCCAGUGGAAACAACUAAGAUCAUAAUAGCAACCACCAUUGCAGUUGGGAGCUUGAUAGUCAUAUGUAUUCCAAUAUGGUAAGAUGAUCUUACUACGUUUAUUGAUAUUAAUGAAAAAAAACUAAAAAUUAAAAAAAAAAUAUAUAGUAUAGUAUAUUUANUAUAUAUAUAUAUAAAUAUAUAUAUAUAUAUAUAUAUAUAUAUAUAUAUAUAUAUAUAUAUAUAUAUAUAUAUAUAUAUAUAUAUAUGUUUUAUUGAAGAAGAGCGCAAAGUAUAGACCAAAAUUAAUAUCGUAUGCUUUUUUUAUUGUCUUUUUUUAUCAUUGCCAGUGAAUCAUAUUGCUCUAUCUAAUUGUUCAUUGAAAACUGUUUUUUUGAGAAGGCAGAACAUUUCUUGCUAUAUAAAAAAUGUAUUCUACCAAAGAACAUAGCUAAUUUAACCUACUCAUAAAUAAAAUUAAAUAUAUGAUAACCAAUUACAUUCAAACUAGAUCUUUACAUAAAAAUUGAAGUGGAAUGUUAAUUUCGCACGAACAAUAUCAAAUUGAGUUUUGUAUAAUGUGUAUCAAAAAUAUAUGAAGAUGUCUUCUAGUGCUUUACACAUGUUGUUUGUCAGUCGGGAGUCGACCAUGACCAUUUUAAUCAUCAGAGUUUCUGCUGGUUCUGUCUGUGGGUGCGCAAAUGGCUAAUGAGGCCGAUUCUUGCAUGAAAUUCUCUUGUGCAAUAGGUGCAGGGGAAUGAUGGUGCAUCUCCGAAAGUUUAGUCAGACUGGGCCUGCUUGGCAUGUCUCUUGCACUCUGCAGCCGAUGUUCUUCCACUUCAUGUUGCAUGGAGCUCCUGUGUAAAGUGAAACGCUACGACGUGCGAUCCUUUGCCUGUUCCUCCCUAGUGUCUUAGUUGAUGUUGGACGCUUUCAGUGAGGCUUUAUGUUUCUUUAAAGCGUUUUUUUUUUCCGCCAGUAAAAAGCUUUCCUUGUUCAAGCUCACCAUAGAAAAUUAUUGUUUGGAAGACGGUCAUCUGACCUUCUCACAACAUAAAGCUGGGACUUCAUCAAUAUUGUGAAGAUGCUGGGGAGACCUUCUUGUGUGAACACCUCAGUGUCUGGACCCGAUCCUGCCAUUUAGUGUUGAGGAUUUUUCUAAGUCUUGUUGUAUGAAAGUGGUUCAGCAUUCUUUUAUGGCAUUGGUAGCAUUCGUUUCACAGGCAUAGAGAAGCGUGGGGAGAAUAGUUUUGAUACCUCUCCUGAUCCAUACGUUCUUAGUCAAUCUUCCAUGGUUUUCACUUGCUCUCGAAAUACGGAGGUUAACCUCGUCAUCGAUGGUUGUGCUUUAGGACAGUGUGCUGCUGAGAUAGGAAAAGACUUUCACCACCUUAAGUUCUUCGUCAUAUACUUGGAUGUUGGGUUCAACAUAAAAGUUUCAAGGAGGUGGUUGGUAAAUGUCCUCACUUUUAGCUUUUAAAGGGUGAUCCCAAAGUGUUCGCAGGCAUUGGAAAAGCUUGUGACCCAGCGAUUCUUAUUCACUUCUAAUACAUGCGUGUAGGGCACAGUGGUCUGCAUACAGAAUGUCCCUGAUGGUGUCUGUCAGGACCUUAGUUUUUGCAUGUAGCCUCUUGGGGUCGAAUAGGUUACCGUCAAUUCGGUAUCUGAGGCCAAUUCCAUCGUCUCCCUCCCUGAAAGAAUUGUUCAGCAUUGCGGAAAACAUGAGGCUGAAAAGUGAUGAGGCAAGUACACAACCUUGUUGCACUCCGUUUGUUACAGAGAAUAGUUUUAAGGCUUCUCCAUAAUCCCGAACUCUAGCCUGCAAAACUAAUGGAAUAAUCAUGCCAUUGACCCGAACUUUCUGGGGCAUCCAUGUUUAGCCAUGAUCUUCCAAAGGCCCUCUCUACUGAAAGUCUCGAAAGUUUUGGACAGGUCUACAAAGAUAGAGAAUAGGACAACAUUUUUUCCCUGCACUUUUCCUGUAGCUGUCUGGCCGCAAACACCAUAUCGAUGGUUCCUCAUUCCUUCCGGAAGCCACAAUGACUUUCUGGCAGUAAACUGUUUUCAAGAUGCCUGUUAAGACGAUUUAGAAGGAUUCACAUAUUUUAUCGCAACGAAAAGCAGUGAUGUCCUUUUGUGUAGGUAAGGGUGAAUACUUUGACCCCUUCUCCCGAAAUUGAUUUUUUUUUUAAGGUCACUUGUACAGUGGCACCUUCAGUCAUUAACUACUUAAUGCUCCUUACCAAAAAAAACAACAACAAAAAAACUGAAAUAAGCCCCCUGGCGAAAUGACAAAUUGUUCUCAUUGAGAAAGUGAGUUAGUCGGAUAUUUAUAUUAAAUUUACACACUUGUUAUAAUUGAUGCCAAGUCAACAAUGUUGAAAAACACAACCAAAUGACAACUUUUAGGGUCUUUUUUGUAUUCCCAGAGAACACAUUUGCCAUUUCGUCCACCGGUUAUAUGCCACCCUUUUUAUGUUGCUAUAGCUCACAAUCUCUGGUUUCUUGGAUUCCUGUUACUUUUUAUAUCUGGGUAAUUGUUUAUUGUGUUCAGGAACAAUAUAUUUUUCUGCUACGAGCUCUGGUAUUUGACAAGUUUGUUUCUAGUCUGAAAAAAAACACGAAUUUGUUAAGGGGCAAAGACUUAUUUUGCUCACUUUGGUUAGGAACAUUUUGUUAUGUUUUAUUGUUCAAAUUAGGGUAAGUCUAUUUUUGCCAAUCGGUUCUGCAAGUUGUUGGGGAAUGAAAUUAUAGUCUCUUCUUUAUCUGCGGCUACUUCCAUAGAAGUCCUUUGGGAGAGAAAUCACAGUCUCUUAGGAUAUUCCAUAAUUUCUCCUUGUUGAAAGGGUACUUGCAUUUUCACUGUCAAGAUAUUUGCAUACUCUAAGAGAAUAGUUGGAAGACGAUUCAUUGGAAUAUAUUGAAUAAAUUUGCAUCGACCUCUUCAACCAACUCUGCUUCCCAAAGUCUUAUCGCAAUGAGAUGGAUGGUAUAGGAACGCAUAUGGAAGUUAUAUUUAUAAUGCACAUAUUAGAAAAAAAUAAUAAUUUAGGGCCCACGUUUAAAAAGUGAAUAUUGCAAAAUGGUUGUCAAAAUUUAGAAACCUACUAAAUUAUGUAAAACACAAAUUGAUUAAGUUCCAUACACUUUUGCAGACGCUCUGUUAAAAUAAUAUUUGUAUAGAUCAUAUUUUUUUAAAAAAUAAAAAAAUUAGGGCCCACUACCACAAACGCAAAAAUUUAAAAUGGUUAUACUAAUUUAUAAACCUACUUAUUAUGUAUAACACAAAUUGAAAUGUCGCAAUUUGCAUUUGAUUAAAAUCCCCUCCAACAAUUCAUUAGUUUUUUAAAGUUAUGUUUAAAAAGCUCAUAUAAAAAACGAAAUGUUUUAAAAUGUUCGUACUAAUUAAAAAAAACUUUGCGGAUUGACGCAGAUCAAUUUAACGAUUUUUUUCACAAGCAAAUGAAUGGCGUAGGAACGCAUACGAGCAUUAUAUUUAUAUAGCUAAAUUAAGGGGGAAAACGAAUUUAGGGCCCCCGACCAAAAAAAGGGAAAAACGUAGAAUGGUUGUGUUACUUCAGAAACCUAAUUAUUAUAUCACACACACUAAAGGUCAUUUAAUUAUAUUUGAUUAAAUUCUAUCUACCAAUGAAUUACCUCUGUUUAAAAUUAUAUUUAUAUAGCUCAUAUAAGAAUACAAAACAAAUUUUGCGCCCCUAGCCUUAAAAUGGAAUAUUUUAAAAUGGUUUUAAUAAUUGAGAAAUAUUUUCGGGCGUGAGUACAUUGACUCAUUAAAGUUUUAUGCAAUAGGAUCAAUGGUAAAAUGGCCAUACGGACAUUUUUUUUAACAUAGCUCAUUAAAAAAAGAGAAUUCGGGGCCAACGACCAAAAACAGAAUAUUUAUAAAGAUUUGUAUUGACUUCGAAAAUUGCACUGGCUUAUGGGAAAAAACUCAGAAAAUUUUUAUCGCAAUCACAUAAUGGUAUAUGAGCACGUACUAUUUGAAAUUAUAUUGAUAUAACUUAUAUAAGAGAAAAAAAAUAACAUAGGGCCACUGGAUUAAAACGGAAUAUAUUUGAAUAGUUGUAAUAAUUUAGAAACCUUAGCGAGCGUGCGCACAACCAAUUUUUAACGCAAUCGUACAUAUGGUAUAGGAGGGUGUACGGAACUUUUUUAUACAGAUUAUAUCAGAAAAAUAAACGAAUUUAGGGCAAACGGCCCAAAAAUAAAUACUUUAAAAUGAUUUUAAUAAUAGAGAAACCGUUACGGGCAUGCACGCAACAUUUACUAAGUUUUAUCGCAUUCGUGAAAGUGGUAUAGAAAUGAAUACAGAAAUUAUUUUUUUUUUCAAAGCUCGUGUUAGAAAAAAGAAAUGAAAGGCCAACGGCGAAAACCUAAAAAAUUUAAAAGGGUUUUAAUUUCUUAGAAAUAUGCGCGGCCUUUUGGACAACGGCUUACCAAAGUUUAAAAGCAAUCGAAUCAAUGGUAUAGGAGUGCAGAUUGACAAGCCUGUAGUGGCUUGCCGGUUAGGAGGUGUCGGCCACCAGAUCACUCGACGUUAUCCAUGGAACUAGACCACUAUUGCGUGCCCCGCAUGGACAGAUAGGAGACAUGCAUGGUACCUGCCAAAAAAAGCAACAGUACCAACAGGGCGUUCAACUGUGAUGCUUCACAAGUGGAAGUAAAAUCAGAGACAGGAUAAGCAUCAUGAAUACAAGAUGACGUUAAUGGAUAUGCGGUUGUAGGCGAAAGUAGAAACCUCUGGCCGAUGAUUAUUUUUUCCCCAGCCCCGAGAAAGCUGCUCUUAGGCAACCGUUUCGUCCCAGCUACUUCGCAAACUAGUUGCCGGGCGAAAAACCACUGCAGAGCCACUCUUAAAGGGCGUUUGAUGCUUCCCCGGGAUGAGAGGGGAAGAUACAAGGAUUUCAAUUUACUAUCUCGACUAGAAAAGUCUAUCGCGUGCACUGUGUGUAUGCAAAUCGUCGGCCGAAUCGGGUUUCCUUAUGUUGGGUGGCCUCCAGCGGAAUGCGAUAGAGCGGACUCAAGUUAAGUCUGUCCUGACAAAAGGAUAUCUCAAACGGGCCGUUCGAGGCCCGAUACUUUGGCUGGAAGCGGGCAGCUUUGGGCAGGGCAAAAGGAGCUUUAGCUCGAAGGACCGCUAAUGCCAUUUCUUAAUGUGAUAUUUCAGUAUAGGAGCACCUACUGUUUGAAAUGUUACGUAAUGUUUUAAAAUGGUUGUAAUAAUUCAAGAUCAUUUGCGGGCGUGUGCACAGCAUCUCACCAAAGUGUUAUCACAUUUGGAUAAAUUUUAUAGGCGUUUAUACGGAAAUAAUUUUUUGCAAAGCUCAUAUAAGAAGAAAAAAAAGAAUUUAGGGCCAAAACGGAAUCUUUUGAAAUGGUUGUAAUGUGUUGUUUAUUUCUUUUCUUUAAGUAUUUUACUGAAGAAAAAAAGUAAUACAAAAUCAAAACGAGGUGCGCAGCCGGAAGAACCAAGAAGGUAAAAAUGUAAUGUUUAUAUUAGAGAACGAUUAAUAGUUUAGUUUAGUUUAAUUCAAAGUAAAGCCUUGUUAUUUCUACCAUUGACAUAUACGUUCUAUUAAAAUCAAUGUCGCAAAGGUUUUUUUUUGUUGUUAUGGACACUCUCCCCUUCUUUUUUUUAAAAGAAAUUUGGUAGAAAUUAUUCUUCGAAGUUAUUAUUUUUCGAAUACGAAAAAUUCUACAACAAAAUACCAUAACUUGAAUCAUGUUUUAUUUAUGUUAAAAGGGGAUCAUGGUAGGGGUUUGAUCCAUUCGAUGCAUUUUUAAUUAAUCCUUUGAAUGGUUAGCCCUAAAAAAAUAAAUCAUAUAAAUAAUAUUUUAGAAAUUAAAAUAUCCCAUGUGAAAGGCUUUAAAAUGACGAAUAAGAAUUAUAAAUUAUAAAAUUUCUUGGCAAUUCUAAAUCUGCCACAAAUGGAGUGGACAUAAUUAUGUUUAAAUCAAAUUAUAUUUUAUUAUGGACCUUUAAAUGGCAUGACAAUCAUUCUCUGCCUAUAUUCACAUUGCAGAAUGCAUUGUUUUUCCAUGCCAUUUUUUUUUAAAGUAACUAUUUAAAUAAAGAGCCAAUGUCCAAAAGGAGUUGUUAUUGUGAGAUCAGUACCAUUCAGUAUUUGAAAAAGGAUUAUAAAUGUAUUUGAAUAUAUUGGUUUAGAACCAUCAACCCAUGCUAUAGCAAAUGUUAGAUCUUAAAUUUAUAUAGGUCGUUAAAAUGGAAUACGGGGUCUGCUGUCAUGAAAAUAUUAUUUUGUAAAAUUAGAAACGCGUCAGUAUAUUUUUUCUUGAUAAAGUCUGAUAUCCUGCCAAGAAGGAUAUCAAAUUAAUCAAUGUAGAAAACUGUCCUGUACAGACAUUUAGAAAUAACUUUUUUUUCAAUCAUAUAUUUUUUCACGGAUAGCAUUCGGAAAAACUUUCUACUUUUAAAAGCUAACAGUGAAAUUGGAGGCAAUGUAAAAUAUACCUAUUUAACGAAUACAAUGCAAGUUUAAAAUGUUCCUAUAAAAAAUCAAAAUUUAUAAUAACUUAAAUAAACAUUUUGGGGCCAAGGCAGUUUCACUUAAUAUUCAAGAAGGGACUAGUCAACAUCCAAGAUUUACGCCUCAUCAAUUAAAAAAAAAAAUUGCUCUAUAAAAAAUAAUGAUUUUCACCAUCGCAAAGAUUGAGCAGUUUAUCACUUAAAAUAAAAUAGGAUCACAAAGGGAUACUAUACCCAGGUGAGAACACAAUGCCUGUCAGAAAAGCAUUCUCUCUUUGGAUCUGAUUCCCAGCUGCGAUCCUGGUAUCGGUGGGAUCAAUUCAUCUUUUGGAUCCCGUUACCAAUAGGAAUCCCAAUCGCUUCUGGGAUUCUAAUUUAAAUUUUAUAGCAAUUCCUCGAUGUGAUCCAAAUCAUUUGUGAGGUCCUAAUCCCUGUGUGAUAAACAUCCUUUUGCCGAUGUACCCAGCUCCCAAUACGAUCCUGUUCUCACUGGGAUCUGCUUUCCCGAUUAAUCCCAUUCCGCUAUCACGUAACAUUAUUACACUAAAAGUUAUCCUCAUUAAUACAAGUAGAAGCGUAUAUUUAUACUAAACUUUAAACUUAAUUUUUGUUUAUAGCUUCUUUGAUUAGAAAGAAAAAAAUGAAUUUGGAAUAUUCUAGAAACUUUCAAAAAAAAAAUUGUAAUCUUAUUUCAUAGGUUCUGGAUAAAUAAAAUCAAAGUUUUACGCAUGUAAGAAAUAUAAUAAAGAAAUUCAUAUAACCGUAUAACAUUUAUAGAACACAUUCUUCUGUAAAUUUACCCCAAUGGGCGUCAUUUCAUGUUUUGUAUUAGGGGAGGGGAUGAAAAAAACAACUUGAUCGGCGUGUUCUGUUGUUUAUUACUGGACCCGCCGCAAUAUAUCUCAAUUUAAAUAAAACCUAAAAAAAUCAGGGCGCGGGGAGGGAGGGAAUGCCCCACUCUGCCCUACGCAAAUGAUUCUGCGGUUACCCCCCUUCCCGGGUAACUCAGGAUUUAGUAUAAUUAAAGAAGGAUGUUGUGCCAGUUUGAUCAAUAUUUUUAUAAGCAAGUAAAGACGUAUGCGAUGUACAUUAUUAAUUCUCUCUCUCUAUCUCAAUACAUAUAUAAAUAUAAUAUGUAUAUCUAUGUGUGGUGUGCAUAUCGUUAAUUAGUCUUUAUUUUCAAUGUCUUAAUUAUCAAAACUUUGAAAUAAACUGCUCUAAAAUUUUAAGGAAUGCGCCAGUUGUCUAAUUAUAAAAAUUUGAAAGGCAAAUUAUUUGGCAAAUUUCAUCAUAUUUUAAAGAGAUACAUUAAAUGUAUCUUGAAUAUUUAUCCGAAAUAUUUCUUUAGAGCAUCAAUCUUAGGUAUAACUGAAGUGGCUUUUAUUGAAUAGUGAUCUAACGGGAAUCUUUUUUUCUUUUGAUAAUAAGCAGUCAUAGCUAUGGUAAACCACUAAUGAUCUUUAUGAGGAAUGGGAAGUUGCAGAGACGUCUGUUCAUUUUGUCUUGUCUUUUUUCAAGCCUUAAAAAAAUGUUAUUUACUUAUUUAUUUUAUAAUGAAAAAGUAUUUUCUAUUUUUAUGUUUCGAAAUAAGCUAUUGGUGUUUAUGUAUGAUUUAACUUACAAAUGAAAGUCUUUAAGCCUAAUUUUAAUGAUCUGUCAAUUUUAAAGACAAAUUAAAAGACCUUGCUUUAAAUAGAAAAUUAAAUAUUUAUGUUAGAACAAAAAAAAAUAGACACUGUAAAAACAGUUCUGGUUAAAGUGGUUGGAAGUGCAUAUGAAAAGGCAUUUAAAAAAACAUAAAUAUUAAAAGGACAAUAAAGCAAAUAAUUAAAAAUAAUUGAAACACUGAAACUUUGAUAUACUUUAUAAUUUAGAUUUUCUCUCUAUUCAUAUAAAUAACAAAAUAUAAAAAAAGGGAAACUGGCUUAAUACGAAAUACAUCUAAGUAAUUUUUUAACACUGAAUCUACUCAACCAAAUGAACAACUGUUAACUAAUAAUUAAACGUAUAAAAUCAUUUUUAAAUUAAAAAAAUAUUAAUUACUACAUUGAUCAACUAUUGAUAUUUUGAAUAGCUAUUAUUUGUUAAAUAAUACUGUAAUGAAAAAAGUAACAGAUAAAAGACAAGAAAAAACAUAUAUACACAUUUGUUUGACUUUUAAUUUUAGGAUUCCUGAAGAAGAAAAACUUUUACAGCAGACAGGUAGGACUAUGAAUUUACAUUUUUUUUUGUAAUAUAAAUUUAAUAAAUGUAUUAAUACGUGACUUAGAGAUAAAAAAAAAAAAAAAAAAAAAAAAAAAAAAAAAACUAUGUCUCAAAAAUGUAAUCAUUUUAAUUAUUUUUUUAAAAAACAGUUUUGUUAGGUUUAAAAAUAUUUUUUAAAUCACCCUAUUCUUAAAAAUCAAACACAAUUUCAAAUAAUGCCUCUACCACACGAUAGAUAAAAUUUAAUUAUUAUGGUGCUAUGAUUUAAAUCUUUAUAUUAUGGUCAAUUACACAUUUUAAUUUACUUGAUUGUGGCUUUUAGAUCACUAGUAAUCGAUGAAAUAAAAUAUGAUUCCCACCCACACAAUUUUUUUUUGAUAUUAUAAAGUUGAUUUUAGUUUUGAUAAAUAAAUUCAUGUAUACAUAUGUUUAAAAUAAAAGAUACUAAGCCUCAUUUUUGAAAAUAAAAUUUAAAAAGGUAUUUUUCGAUUGGAUGAUGUUACCAGUGGUAUUGCUAGAGUUGGUGUCACAGGGUGUAAUAGUGUAAUCCCCUUUCCUCCGACUUCUACGUUGGAUUUUUUUCUUGUUAAAAUAAGUACAGAUUAUAUCAAUGACAUAAACAAAACUGAACUAAUUAAAUAUCAGGAGGUAAAUGUAUUUAAUAACUCUAACAAUUUUAAAUUAUAACUAUUUAAUUUAUUUAAAUUUUUUCUUUCCUGGACUUUACAUUUCAAUGAAAUUUCAACCUGUCAAUGACUUAAUCAAAAUCAUUAUCCUUCACCAAAUCAUUUUAAGUUGAUAGUAGAGCAAAAUCAGACAGCCUUGACUAUCCAAAUGUGUAUCUAAAAUAGUUCUUCAUGAGUCUUAUUUUUAAAAAGCUCCGCUGACAUGAAGCCAAAGACGUACACAUCGCAAGAAACAUUGAAAGGCUUAGCGAGUAUAUUUAAGUGAUUCUUAGAAGUCCCCUUGAGCUUUCAAUUUCAAAACAUAAAAUAUUGACCGCUUUAUUAUUUUUUUAAACGUUUAAAUAAUCUGCUUUUAUAUUUCUUCUAUGAUGGGAAUUUAUUUUUAAAGUUCAUCUUCUAAACACUCGAAAAGGAAAAAGUUUAAUUUUGGAACUUAGACCAAUAACUCUUCUUCCCUUGAAAAUAGUAGACUCUUCGGAUGAACACCACCAUAAAUAUCUGCUACUUCCUCCAGUGCUUACGAUCUGAUCUGAAAGUGAUCAAUAAACUCAGGCACUUCCCUACUGUUUUCCUCUCACAUAGAGAGUCCAUGAUCUAUUAAUUGUUCUGCCAUUCUCUUGUUUAAACUUAUUCUUACCUCUAGCCAAAGUCCAUAUAGGUCCUAUUGUAAAGGAGCCUUUUCAAAGGAAUUUUCUACCAAGUGACGCAUAUACUGCUAUGUAAGAUUAACUUCCUAUAAAAGAUUGAAGUGAAAUUACAUACGGCACGUAAAAGAGCUUGUGCGUUAUGACAAUCGUGCUCAAAUGCUAAGAGGAAGUGUUAAUGACCUAUCAGAUUAUUUUUUAAUCUCAUGGUUUCGAUAUAUUUUGUUUCUAAACAUUUUUUUUAAACUUAAAUAAAUCUAUAUUAAUUAUUGAAACAUAUUUUUUUUUAAAUUGUAAAAAAAUAUUUUGUGAACCCUAACAAUGUAUGAAACGGAUUUUUUAAAAAAAAUUGUUUAAGUUUAUGUAUUUAGAAUCGCAAGAACACAUCGUAUUUGGAAUCAAUAGAAAUUUUUAUUUCUCAGAAUUUAUAUAUAUACUUGAAAAUAUACCCGGGAUUGCAUUGGGACAUAAAUCCUUUAGCAGUCCCGGUAAGAGUUCUUUCCGCAUAAAGAUUGAUAUAAAUGCCAAAUUUGGUCAAGAUAAAUCAAUCUAUAUAAAAGCCUCUGUGGAAUGUACGUCUAUGUAUCUAUGUAUCUAUGUAUCUAUCUAUGUAUGUAUCUAUCUAUGUAUGUAUCUAUCUAUGUAUGUAUCUAUCUAUGUAUCUAUCUAUCUAUGUAUCUAUCUAUCUAUCUAUCUAUCUAUCUAUCUAUCUAUCUAUCUAUCUAUCUAUCUAUCUAUCUAUCUAUCUAUCUAUCUAUCUAUCUAUCUAUCUAUCUAUCUAUCUAUCUAUCUAUCUAUCUAUCUAUCUAUCUAUCUAUCUAUCUAUCUAUCUAUCUAUAUAUCUAUCUAUCUAUCUAUCUAUCUAUCUAUGUAUGUCUCUAGCUAUCUAUCUAUCUAUCUAUCUAUCUAUCUAUCUAUCUAUCUAUCUAUCUAUCUAUCUAUCUAUCUAUCUAUCUAUCUAUCUAUAUUUCUAUCUAUCUAUAUAUCUAUCUAUCUUUCUAUCUAUCUAUCUAUCUGUCUAUCCAUCUAUCUAUCUAUGUAUAUAUCAAUAUGCGCUUUCUUCUUUUUCUAUUUAUAUAUUUAUCUAUUAAUUUAUAUGUCAAUCUAUUUAUCCAUCUAUCCAAACAUACAUCCACCCAUACAUAUAUAAAUUAAUACAUUCAUAUAUACAUCCAUCCAUAUAUCAGCUAUCACACGAUGAAUAUCUACUUUUUAUAUCUGUGUAUCUAGUGAUUUAUUUAUAUAUAGUUUCACAACAAAUCUAUAUACAAUUUAUGAACCUGAAAAGUUAGAAUAAUGAAAUUGCAUAAUUAAAAUAUAGCUGAAAUAAUUUCAUUGAAAGACAGUGUCUGUUUCUUUUUAAAUUUAAAUUGAUCAGAAACCAAAACAGGAAAAGGACGCUUACUUGAAGAUAUACAUGAGGGAGAAUCGAAUCAAUUAGACGAUACAUGUGAGUAAAUAAAAAAAUACACAUUGUUUCAUUUAUAGAAAUACUGCACACAAAAAACAAAUAAUUUCCGUAAACUUUUGAAAAAUUGUAUUAAACAUUUUCUUAAAAAAAAUUAAUUCUAUAAUUCGUAAUAAAUUAAUGAUAUGGUAUCUUAUUUUCAUUUGCAUUGACGGAUAAAAUUUAAUUUUUCAUUCUGGAAUUUUUCACACAUCCUUUCGCACAUUAUAAUUUAUAAAUUACUACUUUUUUAAAGAAUUAUUAUUUAAUUACAAGAUUACAUUUUCAUAUAAUCAUAAGUUACCAAUGUAUCAAAUACUGUUGAAUUGUCAAUUUGUGUCAUAUAUUAAAUAGGUUUUAUCGAUAUCGCACAAGCCACAGAUUCGCUCGAUGAAUCAAGUGGUAAGUUAAAACAUACAUUUUUUAUUUAAUUAUUUUUAAGAUUACUUUUUAAAUCAAAAUUUGCUCAAAUCAAACUAACAGAAUUAUUUUCAGGGAAAAAGCUGCAAUGCUACAGUUAAUGUCCCUGUUAUCUAACCUCCAGAAGUAUGAGCCGAUGGGGCACUGAUGUGUUUGAAUCUGUGUCACUAGACUCAGCUUCUUUGCUAACUUCCCCACCUUGGUUCUUUCUUGUAAGGUUUUGCAAGUUAGCAUCGACGCCUUUUGCGUUCGGUAUUGUCUGCCCAUUGCCUGUACUAAUUCGUUCUGAAGUUGUGUGCCAGCCAUUUUCUUAUUUCCUAGUAAUUACAGGUGCAAUGUGCUGAGGCUGGGCAGCCCUGGUCUUUAUCAGAGUUUUGGCUUUUUCUUUUCCACUGACGUUGAUAUACCCUGGGAUCCGUUGAACUGUCACCGUUCUUUCUAACCCGCCGAUCUUGCAUAUGUUAUAUAUUAUGGCGCUAACUAAAUGCGUGGUACAUGCUGUCUUUCUUAAAAUAUCGAGAGAAUGUUUGUUUCUGAGUAGACAAUCACAUCAAGCCCAGCAAUCUCUCAUCCUUACACUGUUUGAUAUACACUUCCCAGUGCCUUGUUGAUAGUCUUAAGCUACGUAUCGAAGUUUCAUGCUAAAUAUCAAAAGGUUCCGGUAAAUUCUUUAUUUGGUGGACCUACCCCCUUUGGUAUAGCAGUUAUUAUCUCUUGUUUGCAGAGCGCUCACUGCUGUAUCAGCCAAGAAAAUAUGUAUUAAGAGACGUGAAUUCUCCGCAUAAGGCAGAUUGGCUGGGAUUGGGGUAGUUUUUGAGAUGCAUUGGCUGUCUGCACAAGUUUAACCACUUGAUGCACAAAUGAUUAUCUUUUUUAGUCACCUAUGGCCUACCCAGCUAUUUCGCAUUUGAAAAAAGCGGUCCUUUUCAUUUUGCGUCUGUACCUCUCGACAUUACUUACGAUUGGCUUUUCCUUUCAGAUUUCUAAUCUCUUAACAUUGGUCAAGACUUCUACAGUAGCUUUUGGCUUGGUUCUGAAUGCACCACACUUUAAAAUCAAUGCGUUAUUCUGGAUUCGGUCCAACUUUUCCAAAGCGAGUUUACUUACAAAAGACUUGACUGGCAUGCUGUAGUCUAUUACCGUCUAUACACUGGUUAGAAAAAGAGUUUUGACUGGAUUGAGUCUUUCGUGCACUCUCCAGAUACCAUUAAAACCUCUCUCUACCAUUUUCUGCUACUUCCAUUGAAAGAAUAUUAGGGAUAUUGGACGUUAGCCGGUAGGUAAAUCGGUUUCUUCCUUUAUAUGUGAAUAUGGACGAUGGUAGUGCUUAGGCAAGAUUUGAGUAUCAUUGCGGGUAUUUUUUUUGCAAGCGCCAAACAUUUCAUAGAUAUGUUUCAUUAAUUAUUGCUUUAAGAUAACGCAUAAGAAAUAACAUAUAAUUUAUCAUUAUGUAUAAAAUUCGAUUUGCGAUAUCUUUCUAUUAGCAGUAAAUGCAAUUGAUGGACAUAUCUAUGUUUUGGUUGGUUUUAUUUUUCGCCGUUAAUCUUGGACAUAAAAUAUAUUUACAAGAUGAGUAAAGAUAUUUAAAUUAUAUAUGUAAGACAAUAGGAACGACAGCUACAUCAAUCUAAAGAUGACUUAGUAUCAUCUUCACAAGUCAAUGCACGUGAGUAAAUGAUUAAGUUUGCGAAACAAAGUGAAAAAAAAUAAAAAUAAUAAUAAAUUUUAAAAAAUAAAUUAAAUAAAUAAGUGAUCCAUACCUUUCAUAAGAGGCCCAUCCAAACGAUUUUUAAAUGCGCAAGUUACAUUAUACUUUUUUUUGGUUGAAACAUUACUCAGUUUUUCGAACCUACUUUAAACUUUUUUUUAUUAAUUACUGCCCAAAUGAAUAUAAAAUUGGGAAGAACAAAUUAUUUAAACCUGUGGUCGGCUAAAAUUAUAUAUUUGUCAAAAGAGACAAAAAAACUAAGCCCCAGUAGGAUUAAAUCUUAUUUGAGAGCCACGUCUCCUUGUCAAGAACUUGUCAAGUUCCAUUUCUUGUUUGACAGAGACAAAACCGUUCAGCCGAGCAGCUCUCAUGUCGCUAAAGGGGGCAUGCAGCUAGCUCACCGCGAUUUACUGACUAAUGAUUUAAACAAACGUUAAGAUGUCAAUUUAAACAUUUUUUUGAAUGUAAUAAAAACGAAAGCCCAAUUUAGAAUUUUGCUAUUGCUUGCAGAAGAUCAUGGAAUUGUUAUUGAUACUUGCUCUUCCAUGUUUAAAACAGAAUUAUUGACUUCGUUAGCCACAACUAAGAAUUAACUAGGGAAGAUACAAAGAAGUCUAAGUGCAUGUUAGGCAUACGUAGCGCAAGUUUAUUAAACAAAAUUUUAUUUACACACUAUUUUAGUAGUGAGGGAAUUAUGAGGAAACUACAUAAAAUAUAUCAAUAAUUACGCACGUUAUCCGUUUAAAUUUUAACUGCUUAGGAAAUAACUUUAAAAAGAGUUAUGAAGAUGACAAUACGAGUCACAAUCUAUAUAUAUAUAUAAUAAGCACCAAAAAAAAAAUCAAAAUCCCUGAUUUCAUAAAAUAUAAAUCAUAAGAAUGUAAUAAACACUUCCUAGGCUCGGAGGACAUUAAUUGUGUUGUUAUGGUUGGUUACUUUAAAAAAAAAACAGUUUGCUUAAGAAUAACAUAAUACACCAUUAAGUAUGUCUUUCAUAGUUUAUAUAGGAUGGGUCAGUCUACUGUUACGCAGACUGUUUACGCCAUCUUUCCUUGUGAAUGAAUUCUAGCUGACAACAAACUCGGAACAGCAUAUGUAUGGCUUGCUACAAAUAGUCUCUCUUGAACUUGUUUACAACUAAAAAGAAAUCUAUAGUCCAUAUCCAUAGGAAUCUGUAGAAACAUGCGGAGAAAACUGGAAAGGAAAACAAUGUGUAAGGCUGUUCUAGAAAGAUGAUUUAACAAUGUGUAAGGCUGUUCUAGAAAGAUGAUUUAAACAGAUUUUAAAAGGAGACGCACGAGAGAUUUUUGGCCCAUCAUUUAUCAAGAGGGCUACUGCGUGCGUGUGCUAUCCUUGCUACGAAACGAGAUAUUUAGUUACGAUGUGUGUAGAUUUCUUUUUAUCGGUGUACCCUUUUUGCACAUUGUGUUUUUCUUUAACGUUGUACCGGCACAAGCUUACGUAGCUCUGAAAGUCAAUAGUUUUAAAUUCAUUUCUUUUUGAUUUUGUAACUCAUUAUAAUUUACAUUAUGAAAUGAAUUAAAUAUAAUUCGCCCUUGUUUGCGUAUCGUAUUAUUUGUUAUUGUAUUCAUCAUUUGGUAUCGUGUUUUGCUGCGUACUGUUUUAGAAAGAGUUAUACACUUACAUGAUUGAUUAUUUUCUCCAUAUUGAUAACAGUACGUAAUACUACUAUCACUUGCUAAGCCGGGGGAAUGAGCGUAAAAUAGAACAUAAUUAAUAUUAGGUUGGAAAACAUUUAAAUAGUGAAAAUUCAAUGUUGAUGUAGAUCAUACAUUUAUCUUCCAUAAGCAGUAAAAAUAGUUUAGCAAAGAUAUAAAUAACUUUGACUCUUGUAAGCCAUGUUUGUUAAAUUUGUAAAAAAAAAGAAUGGAUUUCUCAUCUGAAACUGAUCUACCGAGCUUUUAAAUUGCAUAAAUGACAAUUUGAAUAAUUCCAGUCUUUAAAAUUAUGAAUUGAAUAAUGAAUGGGCUGGAAAAAAAAACAAGGGCGUAUAUGAUAUAAGGGGCUUAUUUCGAGAAAUAGGUAAAAGUUAAGAAGGUUUUGGCAAUAUUCCUCUAUCAACUAGUUAACAAUAAUGUAUUAUAUAUAGAAUAUUUCUAUGGUUCUAAUAUCAAUAUAAAAGUGUCUGAACAAAUAGAUUCCUAAUUAGUAGUUUCCUAGUAAAAAUAACAAGAAUAUUGCACAGCUUUAAUAGUUUAGGUCCUAUUCAUUUAUUUUGAAUGUUAGGCUAAAUGUUAGCUUCCUAUGUUCUGACUGUUUCAGAUCCUAGUCAUGUUUCUAAAAAUAUUUAGACUGAAUUUUGUGCAGACUCAUGAAAAGUUUCUAAAAAUACUUGGCAUAUCGGAGUCUGAUCGAGCGUAAAUUGGGAACUGACUUGCAUAGGAAAGACCCUGAUGAUGUUUCCUAUUAUUUAUUGUUAUUAAAUUCGGUGAUCUUAUAUAGCUCUGUACCCAGCCUAGGAAUAGUCUCCCCAUUUUUGACGUAAAAUUGACUAAAAAAAGAAAAUAUUCACAAUUGAUGCAUUCAUUUAAAAUGUGCAGAGUAAACAUUUUUAAAUCUCCCACGAAAUAAUUAUUUACCUAUGUCUUUCAAGCGACAGGCAACAGCAGCAUCGAACAUUGUUUAUCGUUAUGACGCCGGUUAGAAUGAGUCAUAAUAAUAAUAUUAGAGAUUGAAGAGGUGUGUCUUGAGUGCACUUUUAAAGGCAUGUAUGUUAGGUAUAAAGAGGAUUUGUAAUUGGAGAAAAUUCGUUUUUUUUCAGGAACAGAAAGUGAAAAAUCGUCCACCAUAUGUUUUAGUCUGUGUUAUUUAAAAGACACUAUACGCAUGUCUGCGAUGGAACGAGGCUGUUAAAGGGUUAAGAGACAGAAGGAAUAUCAAUAAGAUAGAAAGGGGAGGAACCAGAUGAAAAGUUGUAUAGAGAAAAGGCAGGUUGCAUUCACUGCGUACCUGUGAAGAGAGACAAUAAAUUGAGUGAAGAUGUAGAGUGAUUUGAUCAGUUGAUUUUUGCCUUUAGAAGAAACCUAGCAGAGGAAUUUUAAACGUGUCUGAUUAACCAUGGAUUAUUUAUGUAGGAUCUUCAAUUUUAAUAGCUUUCUAUCAGUUAGGUUUAUUUUCCAUUCCCAUCUUUCUCCUUAGUAAAGCCAUCCGUUAUGAUGUCAGAGGAUGUAAUGCUUAAAUGUUUAAGUGUCAGGAACAAUACUUUUUUGUCAUUGGCCACAUAAAAAUGUUCCAGAGCUCUAAAAAAGACAAUAUUUUUUUAACAUACUUUAUUAAAUUACAGAUUCAAAAUUAAAUUUUAUGGCAGGAGAACCUUCUUAAAAUUCGUUUUAUAUUAUGAUUGUCCAUGAUUCGUAUAAGUAUGUAUGAACAUAAUAUCCUGAAAGUACUAUGUUAUUGUCAUUCGCUGCUUUUAAAGUAAGAAAAAAAUAAUUGCAGCUUUCAUUCAGAGCUGUCUCAUAUUCAUUUGUUUCAAUUGGGAAGAUGUCAUCAUUCGGAAUUUGGCUAUCGAUGAAGACAAUUUGAAUCUUGGGUCUUUUUUAAUGUGGAGUGUUCUUCCAGCAUGACGAUUUAAUGUGCUUCUACAGUGCUCAGCAGAUCACAUGAUUUUUUUUUCUGAUCCGUGUUCGACUAUUCUUAUCUGCACUAAGAAGUUGGGAUGAUCAUCAAUAAUUACGGACGAAUCAUUCUUUUAUAGUUUUAUAUGUGUUCCUGUUUUCCUUGCAUAUUUUCCAGUUAAUGCAUAAUGGCUGUGUUGCGUAUGGUUGAAAUGGCUAGAAAGACUUUGCCAUUGUAUGCUUGUAAUUAGUUUUUGUAGUGUUGCGUUUGUUUUUAAUGUGGUAAAUUAUAGAUUUGUUUUUUGUUGACUUUGUACCGCGUUUCGAUUCUUUGGGGAUGAAGCGUGUUUCUGAAAUGAACUUUAUUAUUAUUAUUAUUAUUAUUUUAAAAAUCUCUCCCUUUCUUCUUUGCUAUGGAGUGAGUCAGUUAUGUUUCAUAAUCAAUGUCUUACGAGAGGCGAUGAAUAUUUUGCUGCAGCAUGCUAAUUACAUUUUGCUUCGAUUCUUUCUUGAAUAGUUACCUUGAAUUAUUAAAAUAUGGGUUACAGAUUUGGUAUUUUCAUCAAAAUAGUUUACGUGUGUUAUUUUGCCAGUAUUUAUCAGGAAUUUCACAAUUAUUGUGUUUGUGGCCUAUUGCACAAAUUGAUGCUCAGUGGAAUAGAUGUUGUUAUGUCAUAAAAACGUUCGUUUCUAAAACUAUAUUAAGUUAAGUAUUUUGUAAGUGUUCUUGGCCACAGGAUGAUUUUAUGUUGUAUUUAAAUGUUCAAAUUAAAAAUGAUAACAAGAUUGUCAAUUUAACUAUGUACAUCACACAAUGCAAUUUUCCAACAUACGUCCAAAAUGUAUAAAGUAAGUGAGAUGACAUUGUCUGGAUCUAGGUUGAUUAGACAAAUCAUCAUUAUGCCCGUUAGUCCUUUGACCGUUGGGGCGCCACAGAUGACUUGGUAACUAUCCUCUGUCAUUCCUGUCUGUUUUCUGCACUGCUAGUUUUAGUCCUGUUCACUGUUUGAUGUUUUCCUAACAUCUAUUUUUGGUCUUCCUCUUCUUUUCCCUCCUCUCAUUGUGCCCCGUAUUAUUAUUUUUUUCUUCGCUCACACAGCACUCCUAAAAUAAUUCACUUAGUCUUUUUGUAUGAAAUAGUUAAUUUAAGUAUACUUUUUAUUUUAGAUACAGCAAGUAACAAACAAUCAGUUUCAUCUCUGUCAGACAAUGCAUGUGAGUACCAUGAAGUUGCUUACAAGUAUAUAUUAAAUAACAAUUCCUAAUGAAAUAACAGCAUUCUUUAAAAAGUUAUUUAUAUAAUACGAUUUAAAAAAAAAAUUAUAUAUAAUUAAAAUUUCCUCGACAUUAAUUAACGCUUUUUAAAGAUUACAUAAAGCAUUUUUUUUUAAAAUUAUGAUAUAUUAACAUGUUAGAUGAAAAAUGAUGUCAUUUUUACAUUUUGUAUUUAAAUGAGAAUACAUAAUAUUUGAAAAAAUUAAUAUUCAACGUGAUUAAGUUUAUUAAAGUAUUUAUUUUUAUGAUGCAAUGUUAGUAACUGGAAUUGGAUGAUGUGUUUAAAAAAAAAUAGGUUUUUACAAAGUUUGGAGUGUCGUGAGCUAGAUAUUUAAUAAAAAUACAUCUAGUAUAAUGCAUCUUUAAUCAUAUAUUUGUAUCUAUCCGUGUUCUCUUUUUCUGGCUCUCUCAUUUUGCAUUUUAUAAAUAGAUAAAUAAAUAUAUAUAUAUAUAUAUAUAUAUAUAUAUAUAUAUAUAUAUAUAUAUAUAUGUGUGUGUGUAUAUGUGUAUUUAUAUAUAUAUGUGUGUGUGUGUGAGAGAUCGUGAGAGCUAUCUUUAAUCAUAUAUUUGUAUCUAUCCGUGUUCUCUUUUUCUGUCUCUCUCAUUUUGUAUUUUAUAAAUAUAUAAAUAAAUAUAUAUAUAUAUAUAUAUAUAUAUAUAUAUAUAUAUAUAUAUAUAUAUAUAUGUGUGUGUGUACAUGUGUAUUUAUUUAUUCAAGUGUGUGUGUGUGACUAACCAAAAAAUAUUUGUUGACAGGUUUCAUACAUAGUCAAGCAAUUGUAAAUAAUUUAUUGGACGAUAAUGCAAUACGAUUGGACGAACACUUUGUUGGUAAUUUGAAAAUACUAACAAUUAUUUUUAUUUAUUAAAUAAUAAAAUAAAUUUAAAUUAAAUCAUACACUUCAUUUGAAUAUUUUUAUUUCCAUUUCUUCAAAUUCAAAUGAAACUCUAAGACACGUUUCGUAUCAAUGUAUUACAUAUUUUUUAAAUUCAUUUUUUUUACUGUCAAACAAAAACAAAACUUAAAAAUAACAAUUAUAUCAACUCUAAUCUUAAAGAAUAACUAUUUAAACACAAUUAAAGAAAAUAAAUUAAUUUAAAAAAUCUGUUUUUAACAUUGAAAUAAAUCCUAAGACAAAUACAAAUUGUCCAUUUUAUUAUAUAACUAGAAAAUAUAGUCGGUUUUGCUCAGGUUUUAUUUAGGGGAAAAAACUCAUAUUUAAUUUUUUUCAGCGUCAAAAUAUAUGUAUAUCAUGCUUUAAACACCUCGUUAAAAUAGCAUUUAAAUUUACUUGUAUAAAAUGCAGUGUAAUAAGAAUUAUUGUAAGCUUUACAUUUGUCACAUAUUUAUAUUUUUUUAAAAUAUUAAUAUAAUUUAAAUAAAUCAUAUUUUGUACGAAAUAUAAGAUCAUUCGAAUGCCGGUAUCACCUUUUUUUAAUCAGAUGAUACAUGUGUGUAAACAAAGCAACUUAUUGUUAUAUUUAUAGAAUGAUUAAUAACAGAAAAAAAAAAAAAUUCCCUAAACAUUUCAAGAAGGUUUAUGUUUUUUUUAUAAACUUAGCAAUAUAGUUGUAUAAUUUAAAAAAAAAAAAAAUUAAACCAUAUUUAAAACCUUCAGUAUUUAAUUGUAAAAUGGGUAACUGUUUUUGGCAGGCACACAAUAUAUCAUAGUCUGUUUGAUUAAUUACUCCUUUAAGAUCAUGGAUAAAGGAAAAAUAUAACUUAUGAAUCAUUAUUUAUAAAAUUAAAUUUGCGAUUUUUCUCCAAUAGCAGUGAAAUUCAAUUUAUGGACAUACCUACGUUUUCGGUGGGGGGGGGGGAGAGGGUGGUUGCCAUUAUUCUAGGAUAUAUUUACACGAUCAGUAAAGAUAUGCAAGUUAUAUACGUAAGAAAAGAAUUGGAUAUAAUGCAUACACGCUACUCUUAACGCNGAAAUUCAAUUUUUGGACAUACCUACGUUUUCGGUGGGGGGGGGGGGGAGAGGGUGGUUGCCAUUAUUCUAGGAUAUAUUUACACGAUCAGUAAAGAUAUGCAAGUUAUAUACGUAAGAAAAGAAUUGGAUAUAAUGCAUACACGCUACUCUUAACGCUUUUAAUUUUGAAUUUUAUACUCUAAACUAUCAAUGUACGAAUCAGACGAAAGCCAACUAGAUCAAUCUACUGAUGACUUAGCUUUAUCUUCCCAAGUUGACACACGUAAGUAAAUUAUUAGGUUUCCAAAUAACUUUUUAAAAAAAUACAUGGCAAAUUAAUAAAUAAAUAUAAUUAAAUAUGUGUUCCACAUAUUCCACAAUAGACCCAUUAAAUCGCUAUUAAAAUGGGCGAGUUAAUUAUUUUUUUCUUUGAAAUUUUUUUUUGUUUUGCGAAAGAUUUUUAAAAGGCAUUUAAUUCAAUUAAUUCAAUAAAGGAAUAAGUUAAUGAAAAAAGUUUAUUAAACCAAUCGAUAAGUUCUAAUUUUAAAGAUUUUGUAAUGGGAUGCAAAGGAAAAUUGAAUUUUAGGUGUUUAUAAACUGUUAGCAGAAAACUAUGAAUUUAUUAUUUUUACUCACCCUUACACGUUUUAAACAAAAUUAUGGAAUUCAUUUGCUCCAAAUAAGAAUGCAUUGUAUAACUUUAAAUCAAGUAAUUUACUAGGGAAUAGAAAUGAGAAUAAACGAAUAUUUCCUAGUUCUGAAUAUAAAAUACGCUUGUUUAUAAAACAAGAAUUAAUUUAGCAUUUAUUUGUGUAGCAAAUUAAUGAUCAGAAAUUGCAUUAAAAUAUUCCGAUAAUAUGAAAAUUAGUCGGUUUUAAUUUAAUCUGUAAAUAAAAUAAAUUUUUUCGCGACUUUUAAUUGCACAAUAAUUAUAUAAUUAACGAUUCAAAGUCAAAAAUACACAUAUCACAAUCCAUUAUUUCAUAAUAUUUGACUCAUGGGAAUAUACUAAAUUCUUCUUUGUUCGGGAACAAAAACAAAACUUAAAAAUAACAAUUAUAUCCACUCUAAUCUUAAAGAAUAUAUAUUUGAACACAAUUAAAGAAAAGAAAUUAAUUUUAAAAAUCUGUUUUUAACAUUGAAAAAAAUCCUAAGACAAAUAGAAAUUUUCCAUUUUAUUAUAUAACUAGAAAAAUAUAGUCGGUUUUGCUCAGGUUUUAUUUAAGGAAAAAAACUAAUAUUUAAUUUUUUUCAGCGUGAACAUAUAUGUAUAUCACUGCUUAAAACACUUCUUUAAAAAAGCAUUUAAAUUUACUUGUAUAAAAUGCAGUUUAAUAAAAAUUAUUGUAACCGUUACAUUUGUCACAUAUUUAUUUUUUUAAAAUAUUAAUAUAAUUUAAAUAAUAGACAAAUCAUAUUUUGUACGAAAUAUAAGAUCAUUUGAAUGCCGGUAUCACCUUAUUUUAAUCAGAUAAUACAUAUGUGUAAAAAAAACAACUUAUUGUUAUAUUAAUAGAAUCAUAAAUAACAGAAUAAAUAAAAUGCCCUAAACAUUUGAAGAAGGUAUUAUGUUGUUAUUUUAUAAACUUAGCAAUAUGGUUGUAUAAUUUAAAAAAAAAAAAAUUAUUAAACCAUAUUAUUUAAAACCUUCAGUAUUUAAUUGUAAAACGGGUAACUGUUUUUGGCAGGCACACAAUAUAUCAUAGUCCGUUUGAUUAAUUACUCCUUUAAGAUCAUGGAUAAAGGAAUAGUAUAAUUUAUGAAUCAUUAUUUAUAAAAUUAAAUNUUUUUGGUUGGGGGGGGGGGUGGUUGCCAUUAUUCUAGGAUAUAUUUACACGAUCAGUAAAGAUAUGCAAGUUAUAUACGUCAGAAAAGAAUUGGAAAUAAUGCAUACACGCUACUCUUAACGCUUUUAAUUUUGAAUUUUAUAUUCUAAACUAUCAAUGAUCGAAUCAGAGGAAAGCCAGCUAGAUCAAUCUACUGAUGACUUAGCUUCAUCUUCCCAAGUUGACACACGUAAGUAAAUUAUAAAGUUUCCAAAUAGUUUGAAAAAAAAAUACAUGGCAAAUUAAUAAAUAAAUAUAAUUAAAUAUGUGUUCCACAUAUUCCACAAUAGACCAAUUAAAUCGAUAUUAAAAUGUGCAAGUUAAGUUAUUUUAUUCUUUGAAAAUGUACUUUGUUUUGCGAAAGAUUUUUAAAAGGCAUUUAAUUAAUUAAUUCGUAAAAGGAAUAAGUCAAUGAAGGAAAGUUUAUUUAACCAAUCGAUAAGUUCUAAUUUUAACGAUUUUGUAAUGGGAUGCAAAGGAAAAUUGAAUUUUAGGUGUUUAUAAACUGUUAGCAGAAAACCAUGAAUUUAUUAUUUUUACUCACCCUUACACGUUUUAAACAAAAUUAUGGAAUUCAUUUGCUCCAAAUAAGAAUGUAUUGUAUAACUUUAAAUCAAGUAAUUUACUAGGGAAUAGAAAUGAAUAUACUAAAUUCUUCUUUGUUCGGGAACAAAAACAAAACUUAAAAAUAACAAUUAUAUCCACUCUAAUCUUAAAGAAUAUAUAUUUGAACACCAUUAAAGAAAAGAAAUUAAUUUUAAAAAUCUGUUUUUAACAUUGAAAAAAAUCUUAAGACAAAUAGAAAUUUUCCAUUUUAUUAUAUAACUAGAAAAAUAUAGUCUGUUUUGCUCAGUUUUUAUUUAGGGAAAAAAACUAAUAUUUAAUUUUUUUUCAGCGUGAACAUAUAUGUAUAUCACUGCUUAAAACACUUCUUUAAAAAAGCAUUUAAAUUUACUUGUAUAAAAUGGAGUUUAAUAAGAAUUAUUGUAACCGUUACAUUUGUCACAUAUUUAUUUUUUAAAAAUAUUAAUAUAAUUUAAAUAAUAGACAAAUCAUAUUUUGUACGAAAUAUAAGAUCAUUUGAAUGCCGGUAUCACCUUAUUUUAAUCAGAUAAUACAUAUGUGUAAAAAAAACAACUUAUUGUUAUAUUUAUAGAAUCAUAAAUAACAGAAUAAAUAAAAUGCCCUAAACAUUUGAAGAAGGUAUAAUGUUGUUGUUUUUUUUAUAAACUUAGCAAUAUAGUUGUAUAAUUUAAAAAAAAUAAAAUAAUGAAACCAUAUUAUUUAAAACCUUCAGUAUUUAAUUGUAAAACGGGUAACUGUUUUUGGCAGGCACACAAUAUAUCAUAGUCCGUUUGAUUAAUUACUCCUUUAAGAUCAUGGAUAAAGGAAUAGUAUAAUUUAUGAAUCAUUAUUUAUAAAAUUAAAUUUGCGAUUUUUGUCCCAAUAUCAGUAAAUUCAAUUUAUGGACAUACCUACGUUUUCGGUUGGGGGGGGGGAGAGUGUGGUUGCCAUUAUUCUAGGAUAUAUUUACACGAUCAGUUAAGAUAUGCAAGUUAUAUACGUAAGAAAAGAAUCGGAAAUAAUGCAUACACGCUACUCUUAACGCUUUUAAUUUUGAAUUUUAUAUUCUAAAUUAUCAAUGAUCGAAUCAGAGGAAAGCCAACUAGAUCAAUCUACUGAUGACUUAGCCUUAUCUUCCCAAGUUGACACACGUAAGUAAAUUAUUAAGUUUCCAAAUAACUUUAAAAGAAAUACAUGGCAAAUUAAUAAAUUAAUAUAAUUAAAUGUGUGUUCCACAUAUUCCACAAUAGACCAAUUAAAUCGAUAUUAAAAUGUGCGAGUUAAGUUAUUUUUUUUUCUUUGAAAAUGUACUUUGUUUUGCGAAAGAUUUUUAAAAGCCAUUUAAUUCAAUUAAUUCAAUAAAGGAAUAAGUCAAUGAAGAAAGGUUUAUUAAACCAAUCGAUAAGUUCUAAUUUUAAUGAUUUUGUAAUGGGAUGCAAAGGAAAAUUGAAUUUUAGGUGCUUAUAAACUAUUAGCAGAAAACCAUGAAUUUAUUAUUUUUACUCACCCUGGCAUGAUUUAAACAAAAUUAUUGAAUUCAUUAGCUCCAAAUAAGAAUGCAUUGUAUAACUUUAAAUCAAAUAAUUUACCAGGGAAUAGAAAUGAGAAUAAUACGAAUAUUUCCAAGUUCGGAAUAUAAAAUACGCUUGUUUAUAAAAAAAUAAUUAAUUUAGCAUUUAUUUGUGUAGCAAAUUAAUGAUCAGAAAAUGCAUUAAAAUAUUCCGGUAAUAUGAAAAUUUUUCAGUUUUAAUUUAAUCUGCAAAUAAAAUAAAUUUUUUCGCGACUUUUAAUGGCACAAUAAUUAUAUAAUUUACGAUUCAAUGUCAAAAAUACACAUAUCACAAUCUAUUUUUUCAUAAUAUCCGACUCAUGAGAAUAUGCUAAAUUCUUUUUUGUUCGGUAACAUUAAUUUUUUAUUUAUGUAUGUUUACAUAAAAAUACAGUUGGCUUUAGAAGAUCAUAACUUAACACACCAUGAAGUAAGUUCGAACAUAGAUUAUAUAAGGAUGGAUCAGUCUACUUUCAUUUGCUGAGAACAGGGGCAUUGGUGUAAAGAGAUCAUCAUUAAAAUAAUGUUGGAAACUUUUGGAUACUGAAAAUUUCUAUUUGUCAUGAGAAUCAUAGUGUUAUCUUCCUCAAUUAGGCAAAACUAUUUUAGGAAGGAAAUAAAUAACUUUGACUCUUGUGUUUGAUGGUUCGUUACUGUUAUGUAGGACGUGUUUACGUCACGUUUUUACCAUGCAUCCAAACGCCACGUGCGUAUUUGGCGAGGCCUAUUUUCUUUGAACUUAAACUUGUGUACUUCCCUUACCAACUAAAAAUAAAUUAAAUGUUCUAAUCGAAUUCUGGGGAAAGUUCGCGAGGAGAUUAACUAACACACAUAAUCUGGUGUGGGUCUGAGAUUACUCUCUUAAGACCCCCAGCUAGCAAAUUGGCUAUCAACUCAAUCGGUUGAGCUGAGCCAUACAACAUUUUCAUCACAAAGGUUCUUUCAACCGCCCUGGCUUACCCCGGAAGAUCUAGUGAGGGACAUUCGGUCAAAAGGUGCUCUAGAGUCUCCUUGACCAGGCUGCAAUGCCUGCAGGUAGGAUCAAGGUUGUUAUCCAGCCGACAGAAAAAUAUUCGCAAGUGGCAGUGCUCGGUGCGCAUCUGUGUCACUAAACUCUGCUGUCUGUGGCCUAACUCCCACCAUGGGUCUUGUUUGCUAGGAGUGGACAAGUUUGAAUAGACUCCUCUUGCGGUCUUGUUUAUCUGCCCAAUUCAUGUACCACUUAUACCUGAAAUUGUCCGCCAUUCAGUUUUUAAUUCCCAACUAAGUCAUUGGUACUUCUGGUUAAGGCUAGGCAGCCUUGUUUUCAUCAGAGUGUCUCCUCUCUCAUUGCCACUGAUGUUUUACGUGGCUAGGUAUCCACUGUAUUGUUACCUUUCCCCCUAGUUCACCAAUUUUUCAAACUUCAUUGGCGAUAAUGUCGACCAAGUGUGUGGUACCCUGUCUCUUUCCCAAGAUUUCGAGAGCAGAUCUUAAGUCUCAGUAGACAACUACAUCGAGCCCCGCUUGCUCCGUCUCUUUCAAUGUGUCAUGAAUUCUCUCCAAGUCAAUAUGUAUAGCUAUGAGUUCCGCAUCGAAAUUUGAUGCUUAAGUCCCACAAGCCCCCGAGAGCUCUUCAUUUUGUGGUCCCCCCGCUGGAUACAGUAUGAGAGCACCGUAUCUAGCAGCCCUUUCUCUCACGUCCGUGAACACUUUCACGGGUAUGUAUGCGAACACGCCUGUAUUGGGCUGAGACUUUCGGUACUUUCCAGGUACCAGUAGAGUCUCUUGCUAACCAAUAUCUAGGCUACUUUCCCUAAAAACUAUGUUAGGGAUAUUGGACGAUAGCAGGUCGGUUGAUCAAGUUUCUUUUCUUUUUUGGGAAUAGAGACGAUAAUGACGCUAAGCCAAGCUCUGCGUAGAUUCAUGUUACCCACGAUCUGUUAAUGAUUUACAAUAGCUCUGUCCUAGCGAUCAUGCCAAGGUUCUUAAUCGUUUCGUUACAGAUCUUGCCCGGACCUAGUGCCUUGGCGGCGUCGCACUUGUCGAUGGCGAUUUGCAAUUUAGCCAUAGUGAAAAGUGCGAUAAAGACCUCUGCAUGCGGUCCACACUGCUGGGCCACUUCUUCAUUUCACCGGAGACGGUUAAUGUUUUGGCUCUCUCUGGUCUCUUUCUGCUUGUAAUUGAUCUUUGCCAAAUGCUUGUUACAGCCUCGGCACUUUUGGCAUCUGUGGUAGCCAUGCCUGUCGUCGUUUGCAACGUACGCAGAUUUCGGACCUUUCCCGUGCAGGAUAACGAGUCCUUCAAUCGCCAGACCUUUUUGCCGUCUUUCAAGUUGAGUUUUCCGCAUGUCCCAAAUCAUUUUUCUUUUUUCGCCCUAGCAACCUCCUUUCGAACUUUCACCGUCAGUUUGCUCUACGCCUUACGAGCAGCGGCCUUCUUCAAUUUUUCAGCUUUGGUCCGAGCUCUUUUCAAUUCACGGACCAUCUCAGCCAAACUCGUGUGCCAAAAGGGGCGGAACUUGCGGUUCCCGUUAGUUCUUGGGAUUGUUUUCCUUGCCACUUUGAGGAUACCACUCACAAAGUCGAAGUAUUCAGCAACGGUUCCUUUGGAGGUAUUGGGAAUCCCUGUUGAUUCCGCAAUCAUACACUAUGUUUUCUCCCGGAACAGAGUCCACUUGGCUUUGCUGAACAGCCAGUGUCUCUUAGCAAACAUUGGCUUUGCAAGCGCAAGACAAAUUGUAAUGAGGGUAGUUCUGUGGUCACUGCCAACCUGAUCCAGGACUGCGCAUUGCGUGUUUGCCUCGAGCUCGGCUGAGACCAGUGUUAUAUCGGGGCGUUACAUGGCACUGUUGCUAGUGUGAAGCAGUAUCGGUUCACUGUCGCCAUUUUGCAGCCUGAUGAGAUUGGUCGUGAGUUCAACCUCCAAUUAGCACUCUGAGGCGUUAGUAUCAGAAUUUCCCACAGUUAUCCAUAUGGGCAUUGACGUCCCCUGCGAUAAUCCUAUUACUGAAAAGGGAUGUGCCCUGCAAGGAGAGGCUCCAUAUGUUUCUAGUGGUGUUGUAAAAGUUACUAAUGGUAAAGAACGUAACCCCUACGACUACUCUCAGUGUCCCACCAAUGUUUCUGCUCUCUACCAGUUCCGCUGUGAGUUUGUUUUUCACGAGAGUUACCAAGCCUUGGCACAUUAACACAGGUACAGCGGUAAACUGAAUAGCACGAGAUGUGCAAUGGGUGCUUUUUCAGUAGGGAUUCCUGAAGUAGAGCUACGUCCACUUCCCGGCUGUGGAAUAGUUUGGUGAGCUCCGUUAUUUUUCCUCUGACCCCGUUGCAGUUAACCUGCAUAAAUACUAAAGUUUCGGGGAGGUGGCCAACGGCACCUUGCGCCCAUUAGCGCCAGAGCCUGCAGUCGGCCUGAGACGCGUCACCGAUCUGCAGGGGAGGAGUGGAUUCAAGUUCCCCUCGCAUAGAGUCAUGUGUAUUUUACUUGCCAUUUAAAAAUAAUAUUGUUUAGGCUUUAUUUUCUUACCUCCUUCCGGGUGAAAGUUACAAGUAACCUCCCCCUUUUCACCUUGGGAGACAGACCUAGAGACGUGAGUUUUUUAGCUUCAGCAUAGUCAAGUCUACCCUACUAGUUCGGUCGCGCCAAGUAGAGGCAAAACUCUUGCGGGGAUCGCCGAGGCGUACCUUUUACCGUUGCAAGGGGACUAGAAAAGUAAACAAGUUCUAAGUUGUUUCUGGAACGCGUCUUACGCUGCAUAUCAAUAAGGGGAUCAGAGAACGUUAAGAGGCGGAUAGACAUUUUAUUUGAUCUCACGAGACCAGUGCAUUAUUCUGCGUGUACUCGUAUGUAUUUAUUCGCAUUCAUCAUUGUACUUUAUUAAUUCGCACAUUGUACUAACUGUGUACCAGUACAAGACAUCCCUUACUCUGUAAAUUGAUUAUUGAAAUUAUAUUUCCUUCGUUUAGUAAAUAUAUUAAUACUUUAAAAAAUCUUAUUAAUUGUAUUUAGUACUGUUUUGAGUGUCGUAUUUUUGCUAUUGUAUUUCUCUAUGGUAUCGUCAUUUUGUUAGGCACUGUUUAGAACCAGCCAUAAACUUAAAAUAAGAGAUUAAUUUCUCAUUAUAGAACUAUACAACAGUUUCAUUUGUAUAAAAUGGGAUAGAUGUCCCCUUUUAAAUGAAAAGAGAGUUAAUUUACCAAGCUUUCAAUUUGCAUAAAUGACAAUUUGAAUAGUUCCGGUCAACAAAAUAUAAAUAGAAUAAUUUUAGGGCUUGAAAAAAUGUCAAGUGCGUAUAUGAUAUCAGGUGCGUGUAACAAGCGGUAUGUAAUAGUAUCAAUAUAAAUGUAUAUGAAUAUACGACCCGUAGUUCUCAAGUAAUAAAGAACAAUAUUUCUUUAUAAACAUUUAUGACUUUUUCGAUAUCUCGGAUGCUGGGCUCAAUGGUAGCUUUGUAUGAGCUGGCAGUUGCAGAUCUUAGACUUUUCGUAUAAGUAGCAUAACUGAAGUUUGUGCAGAUUUUGGAAACUUUUAUACAAUUCUUUGCAAAUUGGCAUCUGAUGGACCUUAAAAUGGAAACAACUUGGCAUACAGAGAAAGACCAUGAUACGUUUUUUUUUUUAUGGCUAGUGAUCAUUUAUGUAGAAUAGUUUGAAUAGUUUUCUAUCAGUUUGUUAUAUAUUGCUAAUCCGAUCGUCCUUCGUACUAAAGUAAUCCGUCAUUAUGUUUAAGAAUAUAAGGCUUAAUUGUGUUCGUUUCAGAACUAAACAUUGUUUUCCGCAAAUAACACGUGAAAUAUUUAAAAUGUUAUAUGGUCCCAAACGCAAACCCAAUUUCAUGUUUGUUUACACAAAUUUUGUCUGGCAAGAGACCCCUCUCUACAUUCCUUCUUUAGAGAUAAUUUGACAUUGUUAUUGCAAGUAUCUUAAAACAGAACAUCCUUUAAUUUCAGUGUUAUUGUUUUUACUGCUUCCAAAAUAAUUAAUGAUUGGAGCUUUCAGUCAGAGCGUUCCUGAUCUCAUCUUUUACAGAUUGGAUGUAGUUUAAUUUGGGAAUUUUGGAACGAGAGAAGACAUUUUGCAUCUUGGGUCUUUUUAAUCUAGAGGGUUCAAUAAGGAUGAUGAUUCGCAGUGCUUUUACAUUGUUCACCAUAUCGUUUGAAUUUUUUUUUUCAUAUUUGUUCUAAAAAGAUUCUUAUCCCCACCAAGAAGCGGGGAUUAUCAUUACUUUUUGCUGAACCAUUAAAAUUAACUUUUUGUCAGAUUUAAUCUUGAAUAGUUAUAUUGGAUUAAUAAUAAGACCUGCAGAUGUGGUGUUUUCAUUGAAACAGUUUUCGUGUUUCAUGUUUUCAGUUUUGAUCAGAAACUCCAUAAUUGAUUUAUGGCCUAUUGCAUAAGCGAUGCUCAGUUGAUCGAUGUGGAUUUUUCUUGUAAACUUAUAUUUCUUAAACUAUGUGAAGUUAAGCAUUUUUAUGUGUUCUUGCCCAGGGGAUGAUUUAAUGAUGUAUUUAGAGGUUUAUUUUGUUUAUUGAAAAUGGUGGUUUGUCCUAUUGUAUGACCUAUACAUUGACAUUUUACAACUGACUCUGUUCUCAUUCUAAUGUCUUACAUUUCGGAUGUGUUUGUGAUGUAAAUUUUUAGAUCUUGGGCUAUCCGAGACAUCCGAUUAGCCAAAAUAAUGUAUUAAAAAUCAGCUUUUACUCUUUAACGGACGUUUUAAUCAAACUUGACUGUCAAUAAUGCAAUGGCUAACUCUAUUCUUUACAUUUAUCCAUCGUAAGACUUGUGGUCGAGGCCAUUCUAAAAUUACAGUAAAAAAAGAAUUGUGAGUGUCCCCCACAUUGAAAAAAUCUAUUACCAAAUGAAGAUCCGCUCAAGAUUUUAUUUGUAUUUUAUCGGUUUUUGUCAUUGCUAGAGAUAAGCUGCUUACAGUAUUAAAAUACCAGGGGUAAUUUUAUUGUCCCUAUGUUAUCGUCCCUCCCCUUCUGAAGUUCAGCAAGUACGCCAGGAUUUAAUAUUUGAAGCUAAUACACUAUCUACCUCAAGUCACUAAUCGGUUAUUUAUCACUUCUUUAAUAAUCUAGAAUACCCUUUUGUUUAAAAAUGUUAAUAAAUUUAUAUUGUAAUGAUACAUACAGCAGGGACAGAAGAAUCAUUUUCAUCUCCGUCAGACAAUUCACGUAAGUAUAAUGAAGUUUCUUAAAAGUAUAUAUUAAUGAAAAUUUCUAAUAAAAUAACAAAAUUCUUUAAAAAGUUACAAUAAAAUAAUAGAAUUAAAAAAACACAUUUUUUUUAUUGGUUUCUCGAAAUAUAAUAAUGUACUUCAAAGAUUGUAGCAACAAAAAAAAAAGUUCUUUAUUAAAAGUUAUAUCAAUAUGUUAGGCAAAAAUAUCAUUUUCCCUUCUUUUUUUAUCAAGAGAACAAAGUAUUUUUGAAAAACUAUUUUUCAAAGAAGAUUAUCUGUAUAAUAUUCUAGAGACUGACCGAAAAUAAUUUUCUGAUUUCAGCCAAAACCAAAACUGGGCCGAGAGUUAAAAUAGACUUUCUGCCCAAACCGAAAAUAGUCCGAAAUUAAAAAAAUGACUUUCGGACGACAAUGACGCAUUUUCCCCAUUUUCAUAUCUAUAACGUGACUCUCCGCGAUGGUUUCAUUCGAAUCUCGCCGACUAAUCUAAUUUAAAUUUUUUAUGAUGUUUCUAUAUAUUUUUAUAGUCAUUAUAAUGGUGAGAAGCUUUUAAAAUCGGAAUAAAAGUUUUUAGACAAACAUUGCAAGUGUGCGGCUUUGAGAAAAGUUUUAAAAGGUAAGUUGACGGGUAAUGCACCACCAUAAUUGUGUAAAUCGUAUCAAUCUGAUACAAUAUCAAAGGAUCCCUAUUAAAUUUGCCACUAGUGUUUACGAGUGUGGGAAAUUCCCAGCAUGUCAGCUCGUUCACUUUCAAAAUCUUCUUCUUCUUAUGCCUUUUUACCCAGUCUGGGCCAUAGGCAAUCCACAAGAAGUAUCCAUUCAUCACCAUCCUUUGCUUUCCUUUCCACUUGUUUCCAGGUGUAGCCCAUAUUUUGCGUGUCUUCCUUUAGCUCACGUCUCCAAGUAGAAUUUGGCCUCCCUAUCUUUCUUUUUCCCUGUGGAUUCCAUAUUAGGAAUUGUCUAGUGGUGCUAUUUGGGGGUUUUCGGAGAGUAUGUCGUAUCCAUCUCCAUAUUUUCCUUAAUUACGAUGUCUUCGUCGAUGGGCACCUAAUGAGUCCUUUCUAGUAGAUAUUUGUUGGUGAUAAUUAUUGGCCAUUUGAUUUUCAGGAUCCUUUUAAGGAAUGUGUUUAUGAAGGUCUGUACUUUCUGCGUAGUGCUCUUUGUUCUUUUUUUCAAGUUUCUGCUCCAUAUAGUAGAACUGUCUUUCAAAAUAAGGUUAGUCAAAAAGAACAUUACCACGAUAGAAUAUAAAAAUUCAUUCUACCUACUAUAACUGCUUCCUUUGUAUCAAUAAAUUAUAAAAAAACGGCCUGCUCCUGCAUACUGCUUGAAACGUAUUAGCAUUUUAGGCCUUCGUGGAAAAGGAUUGGGUUGUUGUUCCUGUACUAACUAAUCCCAAAUGGCUCAUGGACCAUAAUUUUCUUGUUGACAUUACACGGAAGCUGAAUGUACUCAAAAAUAAAUUACAAGACCAGGGGUAGUUGUCAGUGUUGCCUUUGACAAUGUCAGGGCAUUCUGCACAAAACUUGUGCUAUGGUUAUAAGAGAAACCUCUGCCAUUUCCCAUCAUGCAAAGUACUCCUGGACUCGGCUACACCAUUCAGUAGUAAUUUAGUAGUAAGUAUGCUGAUGCCAUUGCAAAGCCACAGAAAGAAUUUGAUCUCAUUUUUUAGAUUUAAAACACAGACAGCCACUUUUCAUCUUUUUGCUGACCCUUUGUCCUUUACUGUGCAAGAUGCCCGUGCGGGUAGCUUAAUUGAAAAGAGACAAGCAUGGACAUUUUUUGCAUUGCCCUCCACCAUCGCUGUGAUUUCCAGCUUGUUCAAGCGGAUCAUAUGACUUUUUGUAAGUAGCUAUCUGCAUUAAAAGCUCUUUUCUACUAUUCACUUUAACAAGUCAAGUUUAAGGGCCAAACUUACUGAUGAGGAUCUUCGAGCUUUACGGAGAGUCUCAAAUGCUUCCUCAAUCAAUCCAAUUUUCUCAGAUGUGUAAAAAAAAAAAAGUGCUGCCUGAUCUCUGGCAACAGUGAGUUGGCGGAAGAAAAAGAACACAGCUGUUUAGAAGCCUCAAUGAUUUUAUUUUUUUUUAUAAAUGUUAAACAGAUCUUAAAAGUUAAACUUUAAUGAAUUUGUAAUUGCUUUAUUGUUGAAUACUUGAUGUGACCAAGUCUCAAUCAGACGCUACCUCCUGCGGCCUCCCUGAUGAUCUGAGUUUGAAAUCCUUUAUCUAAUGAAUAUAUUGGCUUUUACCAUUUCAAUUUAAAAGUAAUUUAAAUUGUUUUAAGAUUUUUUAAAUUUGUGUGGAAGGAAAAAAUUUGGAACAAAAAAAAAGGGUGGGGGGGGGGCAAAAUUAAUGUAAAAUAGACAUUUGAGUGCUCUUUUCUCUUAUAAUAUGAUGACAACUUAGAACCAUAUACCUACAAUAAUUAUUAUGGCUCUAAGAGAGCCAAUUGCCACCUAAAUAAAUGUUAUUAAGGCUAUAAAAAUAUCAUCACAAUGUUUCGCUGUAUUCGUCAUACUAAUGCUUUGUGUUUUCAUUACUAGCCGCAAGAUAUCACUGAAUUAUUAUUUAGAUUAUGAACAACACACUAAAUCUUCCUGUGCUGGUGACGUUAUUAUUCCGUUCAUUAACCAACCUCCCCCCCCCCCUCUUUUUGAUGUGGGAAUUGUUUUAAACGGGGUAUCUUAAAAUUGCUGUUCUGAUGGGGCUCGACGUAGAGUCGCAAAAGAGACUUAAAUUUGUCGCAAAUAUCAUAAAAUUACACAGGUCUGCAGUAGCCCUGCUACGUAAUUAUAAUUCUAACCAGUGACACAUACACACGCAUGUUUUUUCGUAAAUAUCAAUGUUUUUUGCAUGAUAAUGAUAAAGUUUAAGAAAUGAAUGGUUUUUAAAAGUCCUAAAAUUUACCUUUUAAAAUAAAAAAUUAGACCAAAAAAAAAGGAAAUUUAACCAUUUCCAUGGAUUACGCAAUAUUAUUCACCUUUGCCUAUGACAACAUUGAUGAUCAUGAUAAUGAUAAAUCAACAUGAAUAUCAAAAUGGAAGGAAUUGAAUAAACCUUGGGUUCCCAAUUUUUUUUUUGAAACAAAAUUUAAACAAAACUAAUGAUAUAAUUAUUACAAUUCCCGAAGUUUUUCUUGCAAAAAACUUUUUACAUUUGUCUAGGCCUAUUUAAAAUGCAAUUGUUUGGAAAUAUGGGAGCAUUAGGUCAUCAUGCAGCUGUGGGCAGCUCUCGCUGAAUAUUACUCAUAUAACAAACAGUGACAGCAAGACGUCGAUCACUAAUGAAUAUCUAAGUCAUUUCGGCUAGACUAAAAAGAAACCGAAAGUUAACUUUUCUCUUUAAAUCGAAACCGAAAUUGAGCCGAAAGUUAACUUUUUACUUUCGGCCGAAUCCGAAACUAGGCUUAAAGUGGAUAAAUUGCAACUUUCAGCGCCGAAAGUGAAGCUGAAGCCAAAAUUCGGUCGGUCUCUAUAAUACUUUUUUUGAUAAUUUAUGUUAGUAAAUAUAAUAAGAUGUUUUUAAAUAAAAAAAAAAAAAAUUGUUGAAAAGUUAACUAAAAAUAAAAUUUUUAUGAUGAUUUAUUGUCUGAAAUAUUGUCAGAAAAAAAUUUACUGUUUCAAUAUUGUUUCAUAUAUUCAACAAAGAAAUCAAGUAAAUAAUAAAUAUUUAAUAAUUUGGACUAUCAGAAGCUAGAUAUAAAAAUGUUUAUAUAUUUAUUUGUAUGAUGCAUUUUUCAUAAUAUACAUGUGUCUCUCUUUUACAAUCUUUCUCUCGCUCACUCAUAUAGUCUUACAUGUAUAUAUUAUUGUGUGUUUGUUUUGACUUUCUAAAAUAUUUACUUACAGCCUUAAAGCACAGUAUUACAAUUGUAAAUGAUUUAAUGAAAGAUAACUUAAGACAAUUGGCCAAAGAAUUUAUUGGUAAA